GUCCCAUAUAGUUUAAUAUAAUAAUUUUUAGGGAGUAUAACUAGCUAAUUACAAGGCGACAUGUCUUAAGGGUGUUAAGCACCACUCGUUCAAUACAAAAAAAAGUCCAAGUAUACCUUUCUUAUAUGCCUCGUAAGUAACGACCAAGGCAAUGAAAUCCCAUGACUAAAUUAUAGCAUAAUAAAUUUCACCAAAAAAAAAAGCCAAAAACCUAACAUAAUAAAUAAUACAUUAAUUAUUUCAAUGUCAAACAAAAAAAACGGUAUGUGUUUUUUUUUUUUUUUGAAGCCCCCAAAUUUGUUUUAAAAACACAUGUUCGACCAUUGCUUUCCUUACUUUCUUUAUUUAUAUAAUUUUUUUUAGGGGAGCUCUAGAGCUUCAUCAAUGGCGGUUUAUAAUCUAUCAAUUAAUUGCAGUCCAAGAUUUGUUCAUCAUGUUUACGUUCCACAUUUCACAUGUAAAUCCAAUAAGUCGUUAAGUCACGUACCCAUGAGAAUAACCAUGUCCAAACAGCAUCAUCAUUCUUAUUUUGCCUCCACAACAGCCGAUGUAGAUGCCCAUCUCAAGCAAUCCAUCACUAUCAAGCCACCACUCUCAGUUCACGAGGCCAUGUACAAUUUCAUCUUUUCCACACCUCCGAAUUUAGCACCGUCAUUGUGCGUGGCGGCGUGUGAGCUUGUCGGGGGCCACCAGGACCAGGCCAUGGCAGCAGCCUCCGCCUUGCGCGUCAUCCACGCAGCCAUCUUCACUCAUGACCACCUCCCUUUAACGGGCAGGCCCAAUCCAACAAGUCCUGAGGCAGCGACCCACAAUUCUUACAACCCAAAUAUUCAGCUCCUUCUCCCGGACGCAAUUGUACCUUUUGGGUUCGAAUUGUUGGCCAAUUCUGAUGACCUUACCCAUAAUAAAUCAGAUCGGAUUUUGCGGGUCAUUGUAGAGUUCACACGCACCUUUGGAUCACGAGGAACUAUUGAUGCUCAAUACCAUGAGAAGCUAGCCAGUAGAUUUGACGUUGAUAGUCAUGAAGCCAAAACUGUCGGGUGGGGCCAUUAUCCCUCUUUGAAGAAGGAAGGUGCGAUGCAUGCAUGCGCUGCUGCAUGUGGGGCCAUUCUUGGAGAGGCACAUGAAGAAGAGGUUGAGAAGUUGAGAACUUUUGGUCUUUAUGUGGGCAUGAUUCAAGGAUAUGCCAAUAGAUUUAUAAUGAGCAGCACAGAAGAAAAGAAAGAAGCAGAUAGAAUCAUCGAGGAGUUAACCAAUUUGGCUCGCCAGGAACUAAAAUAUUUCGAUGGGAGAAACUUAGAGCCAUUUUCAACCUUUCUUUUUCGUCUAUAGAAAUUAAGACGUUUUGUUGUGAAAUUAAAAAAAUGUAUUUAAUUAUGUUUUAUUUGAAACUAGAAAACUGGCUGCGCGUUGCCUA